UGGCUAUCCCAACUUCGACAUAGAUGGGACCAUAAAGAGGAUGACUGUUUUGCCAAUAUUUGUGAUGCUCAGUUCCGCUAUGAUAAGGAAUAUUUAGGCAACACACCUCGACUUGUUAUUACACCAUUAACUGACAGGUUGAUAAUAUUCAAUCAACAUAAUAUGUUUGAUUCUUUAAACUUCAAAUACUCUGGUCAGAAUGUAUCAGUACUCUGCUAAGUUGUACAUAAUAAUAAUAUUAAAAAAAGUUAUGAAUUAUGGCUAUUAUUCUAGUUGCAUUUGCUGACACUGUUUUAAAAAUAAAAAUUAACAUUUUUCUGAGAUACAGCACAUUAUUUUAAUAUCCAAUGUCUUAUAAAUCUAAGUUGAAUGUAAAGCCAUAUAGUUUUAUCAAUAGAUGCUACAUCACCCUGACUCAGUCUCUCCAUUUAAUUAUGGGUGGAGCUCCAGCUGGACCAGCUGGUACUGGCAAGACAGAAACCACAAAAGAUCUGGGCAGAGCUCUUGGUAUAAUGGUGUAUGUAUUUAAUUGUUCUGAGCAGAUGGAUUAUAAGGUAAUAAAAAUGGCAAUUUAAAGCACAUCAAAUUAUUUUAUGUAUGUGUUAAGUAACCCCAAAACAACUUAAAAAUAAUAUAAUAUGUUGAAAGGCCAUUCAAUUUUCAAAAAUGUAAAUGAUAGAGAUACUUAAAGUAAUCAUGCAAAAAAUAAAGAAUAUACUUUUCCAAAUUUCAAUUAAAACAUUAGAAAUUAUUUUAAAAAAUUGAUAACCUAUCAUAAAAUUUGACUUGUAAAAAAAGGAAUAAAUAAAUCAAAUCAAACUAUUUAUAAACUAUUAGUAUAAAAAAUCUUUUAAGUGAUGUAAUAACUAUUGAAAAUCUUUUUCCAGUCUGUGGGUAAUAUAUUUAAAGGUUUAUCCCAGUCUGGAGCUUGGGGAUGUUUUGAUGAAUUUAACAGGAUUGCAGUGGAAGUGCUGUCUGUGAUUGCUGUACAGGUAGAUAACAAAAUCAAUUAAUUAAAUUCAAGCAAAAUUUGAAAAUUUCACAAAAAUAACACUGCUGACCCAAAAAUGUUUUUCUCCUUUAAUGUAGAAUUAAAUAUUUUUUGGCACUGCCCAGGUGAAGACAAUACAGGAUGCAAUAAGAGACAAGAAAAAGAGAUUCAAUUUUAUGGGAGAAAAUAUCAAGCUGGUUCCAACAGUAGGA